AUGGAAACACUGAAACCACCGACGACGCCCUUGGCAACUUCAACGUCACCGAAGCGCAAACGAGACCAGUUGUCGUUAGACAGCAGACCUCACACACCAACCUUGCAAAAUCAAACAUCAAAUUUCUCUUUUGAGCUUCCUGCUAAAGAUUGCGAAGAUGGAAACAGCAGCCCGCGCUCAAAGGUAGCCCGCAAGUUCCAGGGGCUUGCUCUGGGCGUUGUCGCAACUGAUAGCGGGGCAGGGACUUUGGCGUCUUCAUCAAAACCUCUCGACGCAGAUAGCACAUCAGGCACCGCGAAACACUCGGCCGAUGAGAGCUUUGGUAGCAGCAAAGACAUGAAUUAUAUUUCGUUUGAGGGACAGGCCGACGAUGGGUCGACCAUGCGCAGGCGAUUGAAGCUUCCAGACACUACAGAAACCACACCGCGCAAACAUGACGUCGCGCUGGCAGGCGCUUCAGUAAUUCACACGUCGAGCGUGUUUGCCCCCAUUCUGGACAAAUCUCCAGAAAAUAAAGUGAAUAGUUCUGCCACAGAUUCAAGCACCACGGAUCCUACGAAAAUCGCGGAGGUAUCUGGCAGCAUGGCACACCAAAUCAAAGCCGGCCCUGGCAAUUCGCUGUUUAAGGGGCAUCGUCACCGAGUCGGCCCACCCUUGGUCGGUGCUAAAACCAGCGGCGACGGAAAUGCUACGGAGGACUCGGACAUGGCCGUGGUGGAUCCUGUGCGCGCGGCUUUGACGUGGCAUGAAGAUGAGAUUACUAUAUACGACCCCAAUGAUGAGGACGACGAUGGGGUCGGUAUCAAUGGGAUCGGGUUUCGGCCUACGGCUGCCAUCGCCCACGCCCGAUCCAUGAAGCGGCGCCAGCAGCUUGCCGAGUACAAGAAACGAGAAGAGCGUGAGGCACGAGCUAGGAGGACCUUGCGUAGGAGGACCAGUCCCAAACUGGGCGGCGAGGCAGCCAAGGUUCCGGAUGGCGAUACAAAACUUACGCAGUCACCAGAGCCACCGGCGAGGAGGGUUCGUUUUACGGAAUUUGAACCGACCGUCGUAAUCACUACGUGA